CUAUAUGAUUUUUUUUAUCCUUUAGUCUAGAUAUGAGGCCUGUCCAGUCCAUCCAGCAUCCAGCCAUGUACCGUAUUUUUUGCUCCAUAAGACGCACUUUUUCCCCCAAACAAAUGGGGGGAAAUGUCUGCGUCUUAUGGAGCGGCCGGCCCGGAAUUCCCGCCACCGCCGUGUUAGAAUUCCGGGCCGGCCUCUCGGCUCUUCUGUUCUCCUCGGUCCAGUGCUGUCCUCACCAUCUUCUCUCCCUGGUGCCGGCAUCUUUAGUGUGGGCACCCGGCUGUGGCAGGUUGAGGCUUCACAGCCGGGUGCCCACUGCGCUUUGUGAUUGGUCCGGCAGUCUUUUGAGACCUGUCAUGUGUCCCUGAAGAUGGAGAGGGAGGUGUUUGGUCAUCUCCUGUACUGUGUCUGCAGUCUCUGGUCAUCUCCUGUACUAUGUCCGCAGUCUCUGGUCAUCUCCUGUACUGUGUCCGCAGUCUCUGAUCAUCUCCUGUACUGUGUCUGCAGUCUCUGGUCAUCUCCUGUACUAUGUCCGCAGUCACUGUCUCUGGUCAUCUCCUGUUACUGUGUCCGCAGUCUCUGGUCAUCUCCUGUACUGUGUCCGCAGUCUCUGGUCAUCUCCUGUACUGUGUCUGCAGUCUCUGGUCAUCUCCUGUACUAUGUCCGCAGUCUCUGGUCAUCUCCUGUGCUAUGUCCGCAGUCUCUGGUCAUCUCCUGUACUGUGUCCGCAGUCUCUGGUCAUCUCCUGUACUGUGUCCGCAGUCUCUGGUCAUCUCCUGUACUGUGUCCGCAGUCUCUGGUCAUCUCCUGUACUGUGUCCGCAGUCUCUGGUCAUCUCCUGUACUGUGUCCGCAGUCUCUGG